UUUCAUUUCUUGUUUAAUUUCUAGAACUUUCUCCAAAUGAACUUCAAAAAACGAAACCUCGAAUAUCACAGGUAUUUUGCUAACACUUCGCGCGCCGUGAUAAGUGUUCAUCAUUCGAUGGUAGCUAUGGUAACAUAGCAGAUGGCCGAAAUUAUCGAGAUUCCAUUUUCAAGGCUUCAAGAUAUGGGUUUUGUUGUGGAGCCACACAAGGAUAAUAAAGUAACUUCAAAGCGUAUGGAUAUCAAUUCUAAUUCAAAUAUAGAGGUACCUAUUGAGAUUGCUAAACAGCUUGGCUUACUAAAACCCGGUGGUUGUCCGCCUUGUCCUAACCCACCAUGUGGAGGCGCUCCGCCCGGCUGUGACGUUAAAGCAAAGUCUAUUUCCGAAGUGCAGAUUAAUGGUCAUGGUGAUUAUAGUGCUCCGGUUGGACCUGUGUUCAGUGUCGGUGAUGCACCGCCACCCGGUAUAGUGCAUCCGGAACUAUUAACGCUAAAUUUAAAAGGUAAAGAUGGCAGAAUCGGUAAGCCAGGUCCUAAGGGACCACCUGGUGAUCCUGGACCACCCGGACCGCAAGGACCAAUGGGACCAAAAGGUGAGCAAGGAGAUGAAUGCAUUGCUUCAAAAAUGCCAAAAGAUAAGCAAUGUUCUCCUGACAUUGUCAACAAUCUGCUGCAACGACUUGAUAAAAUAGAACACAAUUGCGCAUGGAACACUACUUUGCUGGCUUCUAUCACCCUUAAUGUUGUCAACACACUGGCAAAUCAAAAACAUCCAAAACCAAAAGCAACAGUAGUUAAAGAUCAAAGACCUCCUCCUCCAGAAAAGAAGGAAGAUAAACCUGCUUCACCUGCCCCUCCACCAUCACCUCCUUCCGCACCACCACCACCACCUCCACCGACAUCGGCGGCUCCGCCUCCUCCCGCUCCUCCUGCUCCACCACCACCACCGCCUCCACCAGGACCACCUCCAGCACCAUCUGGCGGUGGCGGCGGUGGAGAUAGUGAUCUUAAAGGAAACGCCAACGUGCAGUCCGAUGUAAAGAUCAAUCUAAAUGGAGCUGAAAAAGACAAAGCUGAUGCAGCCUGUCGAAGAUCUGGUGUAUGUGGUCCGGAACUUAACAAACCGCUAUCUACUCAACCUGUUGCUGCAGCUCCUGCACCUGCUGCUUCUGUAGCAGAUACCACACCACAUGAAACUUCUUCUGCAGCCAGUGCGUUACAAGCUUUGCAGCAGUUGGUCAGUCAAGACAAAACACAAAAUGGCGUCACUAAAGACACGGCCACCGUGAUGAUUAACGGCGUGCCGGUAAAAAUUCCGUUAGGAAAAUAAAUUGUUUAGGGUGUAUUAACAAAAUUAGCAAAGUAGUACUUAGCUUUCUCACAAGUAUAGAAAAUACCUUUUUUCAAUGCUUUCGUGUCUUUGCUGCAAUAUUUAAAAUGGUGAUAAUUUUAAACCUUUUACGCUUGCCUGUUCGAUUUACGGUGCUUAUUUUCUUUUUCAUGCUAUUUUGUUUCCUAUCCUAAUGAAUCCCCAUUUCUUAUAAACCUUGUUCCCAGGGUUUCUUGCUUUUUUCACAUUCAGGUCUGGCAUCAAGUAAGCGAUGCGGCUCUGACAUUAAGCAACAAACAAUUGGGACGGGGGUAACUUCUUAUAAAAACAUAUUACCUAUAUUUUUGUAAACUUUUUUUCAAUAAAAAAAUAUGUACAUACAACAA